AGUUGCACGUGUUCCAAUCUGUGUCUUCUGCGCUUUGCACCUUCGAGCCAACCUGAGCUCGCAUGUACAUGUGCGCUCUCGAUCGAUGCUGUGUACACACAAAAAACGAGGAUCCGUCCAAUCGCGACGAAGUGGAAUUAGUUGUGAAUGAAAACGAAAACGACAGCGCACCUCCCCGCUGCGAACUUUCUUACGCAGAUGAGGUGGGUCGUCGCGAUCUUCACCGUUUCGGAAGAAAUGGAUGAAAGGGAAAGAGAAAGAUCCCAUCCCGGUUCGGGUGGGCCGAAACGGAUGGAUGGAUGGAUAGAUGGAUGGGCCGAGAAAGUGCACUUUGCGGUGGAGCGAGAAGCCGAACGCGCUGAAAGACGUCUUAUGCUGACGAGCCCCACCAAUCCGAACCGAGGCUAGCGAAACCCGUGCGAAUCGACUCGGUCGGAUCUGGUGGGAACGUGUGGUUCGUGUGCUAGCGGCAUUCAGCGGUGCAAGGAAAUUGGUCGUACCAGUAGAGCCUACCGAUCGGCGUUGGUGUUCACAUUGCUUGCAUUUCAACGUUGAUCGUCCACGGAACAGGACGCUGUUUUGGACGGAGUCGCGCAACUCGGAUAUCUUGGAUGGAUUCUUUCUAACGCUGAUCGCUCUGCUUUGUGGUCAUCCCAUAACGAUCCUAUCGCAGGACUUCCCUGCAGUGUUGGUGAAUAGUGUAGUGCGUGUGUGUAUGUUUGUGGGCGUGUGAAUUAAUCCUUUAGCUGUGCUAUCGGUGUCAAUAACCUGCAAGGAGUGGUUUAGAGUUGUAGCUAAUCUGUCUUAAGAAGAGGCAUAUCUGCUAUCAGGAUAAUUGUAGCAGCGUAGUGAACAGUGCUCGAAAGCACGACCUCUUGCCUCUAGGCUGAACCGUCGUAGUGUGCGUGGUGAAAAGAAGAACAGAAUUGAAAAUAUGAAGCUUCCGACUUUGCUGUUCAGCCUCGGGCUGAUAACAGGUGUGCUGUCGCAAGGAUUCGGACAGCAGCCUCCGCCAUUCCGACCGAUUCCCAAAUCGUUCGCGGUUCCUCCAAAGGCUCAAAGGCGCCAACUGACGCAACAGCAGCAGACGCACAUUCUCACCGACAUUCAAAAGCACCAGCAUCGUUUCAAUCUGCAUCAGAAUCAGCGUUCGCCGAAUGUGUUCAUACAACCAUCGAUUCAAAUACCGGUGCCUCCUCAACCCCAUUCAAGGCAACCGUUCAGUGGCCCCAGUACACAGCAACACUUCCAGCCGAAUGCACACUUCCACCAUCACUCGAACAACUUACAUCCACCACCACCACCACUACCGUCGGCCAAUGCACCGACCAACAGCUUCCGUACACCGUCCAGCCGGCCAGGACCAAACUUUGGAGCACAAGUAAACCGCUAUUACUUCCAGCACCACACGCAGACCACAUUCAUUCCAAAUUUUUUACAACUCUUACAGCAGGACACACGUCUACCGCCUCAGCAGCGUUCCGUACAGAACCAACUACAACAGGCCCAAUUCUUCAACGGACCUCCACCACACACUAACGGUCCCACGCCCGUCGUACAGCCACUGAACAGCCAACCGUCCUUCCUGAAUAGUAUCGACACUCCCACAUUCGGUGCACCCCAAAGGCCUAAUACCCUUCAAGCUCCAUUCCUUCAAACUCCUCCCUCCUUUACCGGUAAUGGGCAGGUUCGCUUCCCGAGCCAGCCAAACCCAUCCAACGUACCGAAUCAUGGUCAACAGCCCGUACCACUUUUCCCCAACCAGCAGUUACCGCUGCAAAAUACGGCCCAAAACUUCAAGUUGUCUGCCCCAAAUGUUGGACAAUCGGCAUUCCCUGUACAACCGACAUUCCACAGCCAAUCCGUAAAUCCUGCACUACAGUUUCCACCACUUUCGCAAACGACUGGAACAAACUUCCAGCAGCCAUCUCCGCAGUUCCAGCAGCAGCAGCAACAGCAGCAACUGCCGAGACUGCAGCCAAACAUUCCGUUCGUACAAUCCUCCAAUAACUUCAACACCCAACCGGGUGUGGGAUUCCCACAGGCGCAACCUCAGGUCCAAACGUUCAGCGGACAGCAACAACCGAUCCAGAGCCAGUUUGGCGUUGGUCAGACGACAAACUUUAACGGUUUGCAACCGCAACAACCGCUCAGCUACCAACAGCAGCAGGAAUAUGAACGCCGGUUGAAGGACGAGAGUGAACGAAUUCGCGAACUGCAGGAAAAACAGAAGGUGAUCCAAAAGCACGAACAGUUCCUGCAAAAACAAUACCAGAAACAACAAGUGAAGGUACAGCAGCUGCACCAGGAGUUCUUGAAGAAGCAGCAAAAGAUUCUCCAGCAGCAGCAACAAUAUGACCAAACACAGAAGACCGUCGUCCCGUCACAAAUUCGUUCACGCGAAGUGCUCCCAUCCGAACGGACACUCUUUGAAAAGGCUGUCAAGAUGCAAACGAAACCGGUAGCUGAACCUACUACGGCCGCUAGCCCGUCCGGCACUGGUCAGCUUUCGGUAAUUCCACUGAAGCCCAACAGUAAGAAGGAUUACAGCAGCAUAACACAGUCGGAUCUGGACGUAUUGCUCAGCUCGAACCGUCAGAACUUGUUCCAAACCAUCAAGACCGAAACGGCGAAACCGGCCAAGGCUAAACCGACAAAAGUCAAGUCUACGAAAGCGCUUGGACGAGACGAUCUGUUGAAGCAGCUGAAACUUGCACUCGCCGAAACUUCACCAGACCUCGGAGGCAAGAACUACAGCUCAACGGAUCUGAUUCUUCCGAAUGGCGAGAAGGUACAAGUCAUCCGUACGACCGAUCCGGAGAUUAUUAAGCGUGCCAACGCCAAUUCUGAGGGUGUUCUAACGCAACAAUUGGAUUCACCUACCACACCUAAGCCACUGUCGUUCGAGGACAUUGCACGCAGUGGUCUGCUUCCGCCAGGGGCAGAUUUUGAGCUGAUCAAGCAAACCGAAGAUGGACAGAUCCAGGAAGUGGCAAAGAUUCCUCCACAAAAGAAGGUUACCUUCGUGUAUCUGGAGGAACAAGACGACGGUUCAUAUAAGGUGCAGGGUGUGAAGGGAAGUGGAGACAAGGAGACGAAAACAUCCGGCGCCGAUGUUGACAGCAUUCUGAAGCGCAUCAAAAACGGAGAGAUCCAGCUACCUCCACCAUCAUCGGUAGCGUCCAAGGGAUCCUCCAAGCCGGACUUGAUUCUGGAAACAGCGGUUACUACCACAACCCCACGUCAUCAACCGAUCAAGAAAGCGAACUCAGUGACAAUCAUUCCGCACAGUACACCGAUCGAGGAUCAUGCCUCGACGGCUUACUUGUCUGGCAGUACCGUACAGCAUACAGCUUCUCCAGCACCGGCCACGAUCUACGCCUCCACGCCAUCCCCAGCAAGUCUGAAUGGUGUGACUGCGUUCUCACCGGGCGCUUACUCUGGCAGCACCCUUCCACAGCAUGUGUCAGCUCGUCUCUCUACACCCGCUCCAAUUGCCGGUAACUUCCCAGUCGACAGUACGGCACGUUUCUCGGAAGCGAACUCAGUUUACACACCUGCGACUGCCACAACGGCAAUACCGCCAGCUACACCUGCUCCCAGUAUCUAUCAGAGCACCAACACGGAAAAGUAUUUCUCUGAUGCAACGGCUGCAGCGAUCGAGCAGCAGCAGCAGACGGCCAGCACCUAUCAACAUCAAACUAUUCACGCAUCGCAUCAGCAGACUGCUAACGAUGUUGUUCCGACGGCUUCCGCUUCCGAACCAGUAACGCUGCAGCAACAAGACAAUACCAAGGGCCCGCAGGAGGACAAUACUACACAACAGCAGCAGAACGAAUUGCCAGCAAUUCUCAAGAAUAACGGACUAUUUGCCAUGGCCAAAUACCUCCGCCAGUCUGGUCUCGACACGAUUCUGAAUGAAACGGGCCCGUACACGAUCUUUGUGCCGACCGACAAAGCUUUCCGCAGUCUGCUGGUCCAGCUGGGAGGACCUGAAAAGGCAGAAGAGAAGUUCCGCAACAACCCACGGCUAUUGAGCGGAUUACUCUUGCACCAUGUCAUUCCUGGAUCGUUCGAAAUUGCGUCACUACAGGAUGAAAUGACUGGGGUGUCUCUGGCUGGAACUCAACUUCGUGUGAACCAGUACAAUAUGCAUGACUCGGAAUGGAACGACGUAAAGGUCACAACCAUCAACGGCGCAAUGGUCGUUCCAGACAAACAGGACAUAGUGAUUCCACAGGGCGUUGCGCAUGCUGUCGAUCGUGUCAUGUUCCCGCUACCGGUUGGUGAUAUUCUUCAAACGCUUCAAUCAGACCGUGAGCGACGCUUUACUCACUUCCUGCGAGCACUGUUUGCAUCGGGCAUGUCGGAUACUCUCCAAAAUAAAGGUAUCAAAACUUACACAGUAUUCGCACCGACCGAUGCCGCAUUUGCUCACCUCACAACUGAGGAACUCACCAACCUAGUCACGGAAAAGGACCAGGCGGAAGAACUUGUACGCAAGCAUGUCGUCCCGGGCACGUUGUUUACUGCCGGUAUGCGUUUCUACCAGGUGAAGGACGUUAUGGCGGAGGGUAAAACAGUAACGCUGCAGAAAACGGGAGGUAAAAUCAAGGUUAACGAUGGUUAUCUGCAGACAUCCAAUAUCCCUACAACGAAUGGCGUCAUACAUGCUAUCGAUUCGCUGCUGUAAGAAGCGUUCAGCAUCCACCGAGCUUGAAAUAAACCUAAUUGAACGCACGCCUGGAUUCCCGUGGAUAACAAAUUUUGGAAACGCAUGCAAUCGACCAGCGUCAGUGUUUUGUGUUGUUAAUUUAUUAUAAAAUACGAGUUCAGCGAACAAUCCACUACCACGACACCCCACAUUCCAAGAGUAUGUCAUCAAUUUCAAUCAAAAUUAUGUUCAGGUUCUACGUAUAUUCGCAACGUUUGAAAACAAUUUUUUUGGAAGAUGCGAGCACAGAACGAGCGAGAAGUGACCCUGAAAAAGUUCCCGACCGUGAAGAAUUUCACGUCCGAAAUGGUGGCUAAAAACAUCCUUCCCUAUUUGGUACAUGAGCUCUGAACAGUUUUGAUAAUCGUUAAGUUUAAAUGAUAAUUUAUUUGUUAAGUUUAGUAUGCGCUGUUUUGUGCGAUUUCCCGCUCCGGCCCACAAUCUGGGUGAUCGUUGUAAAUACUAUGAUGAACAGUGUAAUAAAGAGAAUUGGCUUUAGUA